CACCGAUAAAACUCCCUCCAGGAUUCAAGAGAUCAUGUGAUGAGCAACAGAAUUUUUGUUCGGCCAAUCGGAAUGCUUUAGGCCAUCAUCAUCAUCAUUAUCAUCAUUAUCGUCAUCUUAGGAUCAUCUUCAUCAUCUUCAGUUGUUUCUUUCUCUCUUUCUCUUUUUCUCCAGGGAGUAAAUUUUCAACUCUCGAUGAUUCCUGGGAGUGAGAUUUUCGUUUCCCUAUGUUGAUCAUAUUGCAAGUUGAUUCUUAAUGAUUGACAAAAACCUUUUGUCUUUGAUUGAGUAAAAAUCUUUAUCAAACCUAUAAAAUCAUCUUUAUCACCUUCUCAUCAUCAUCAUCAUCUCUCACAAACUAUCUCUCUCUCACUCACUCAAUUACGAUUUCAUUUCAUUCUCUUUUUUUCAAACGAAUCUUAACUUUCUCAGUGAAAAUUAAAAAUCGUCAAUAACUUUUUUCCUCCUCCUAAAUCCUCCCACCUCCAUUUCCACCCUUUCUCUCUCCCUCUCCUCUCUCUCUCUUUCUCUCUCUCUCUCUUUUCUCUCUCAAUUUCUUAUCAAUUAAUCCCCUUAAUCCACCAUCCAAACAAUAACAAUUACGAUGAUGAAAUAAAAUCCCUGUGAACAAUAAGAAAUCAAUUGUUUUGUUUUAUUUCAUUGUGAUAACUUAACACAUACAAACAAGAAAUUAUGUCAACCUCAUCAUCAAGUAAAUUCAUUGGAUCAACAGAUAAUCCUAAUCCUGAUUCACCUUUAACAGUAAACCCAUCAAAGACCAAAUCAACAAUAACAACAACAACCAUCACAUCAACAACAAUACCAGGUCCAAGUAAAGCUUAUGUUGAUUUAAAACUUGAACUAAUUGAUGGUAAAAUUUCAACCACUGUAAUUAAACCCAAUCAACAAAGUCAUCACAAUUUAUCAUCAAUCUCAUCACCUCAAUUAUCAGGAUCAACAACAAAAUCAAUUGUUAAUCAAAGUAAAACAAAAAGUGUUUAUCAUCAUAACAACAAACAUGAUGAAAAUAAUGAACAUGAUGACAAUAACGACGAUGACGAUGACGAUGAUGACAAUAAUUUACCAAAUGCCACUGAUUGUUUACUAAGUGAGGAGAGUGGAGGUUGUGGUGGUGGUGGUGGUGGUGGAACAGCUAAAUUUGAUCUAACAAGAUCGACCAGUUCUAAGAGCAGUUUAUUCACAGCAUUUCGAGAAAUUGAUAAAUCAAUUGUUGCCUCUCAUCAUCACCAUGAUUAUCAAUCAACAACCUCAAUAACAAGCAAUACAAAUACAAUUGGAAAUCUGAAAACAUCAAGACCUUUGGUUGAUCCUGAACGGGAAACUUGGGAUAAGAAGACUGAAUUUCUUUUGGCAGUUAUUGGAUUUGCCGUUGAUUUAGGAAACGUUUGGAGAUUCCCAUUCAUUUGUUAUCGAAAUGGUGGAGGAGCUUUUCUUAUUCCUUACCUGGUGAUGCUAAUAUUUGGAGGUUUACCUUUGUUUUACCUGGAAUUAGCUUUGGGUCAAUAUUACCGAAGUGGAUGUUUAACUUUAUGGAAAAAUAUCUGUCCCAUAAUGAAAGGCAUUGGUUAUGGUAUUUGUUUCAUUGAUCUUUAUCUGGCCUCAUAUUAUAAUACGAUAAUCGCUUGGGCUGUUUAUUACCUUUUCGCUUCAUUCAAUUCUGAACUUCCCUGGACAAGUUGUAACAACACUUGGAACACACCAAAUUGCCGGACACUCAAGGAACGAGGGUCAAUCAAUUCAUCUCAAUCGGUCAUCAGUCCAGCAGAAGAGUUUUUCAACCGUCAAGUCCUUCAAAUUCACGAAUCAACCGGAAUCGAUAACAUUGGUCCAGUUAAGGUUUCAUUAGCUCUGUGCCUCGCAUUGGUAUUUAUUUUAGUAUAUUUCUCCCUUUGGAAGGGAGUUAAAAGUUCUGGAAAGGCGGUUUGGAUCACCGCUACGAUGCCCUAUGUGGUUCUUACUGUACUUCUAAUACGAGGGAUUACCCUUGAAGGUUCAGGUGAAGGAAUCAAGUAUUACCUUUACCCUCAAUGGGAUAAACUACUUGAACUUCAGGUUUGGAUUGAUGCAGCUACUCAAAUAUUUUUCUCACUUGGUCCUGGUUUUGGUGUUUUAUUAGCCCUGUCAAGUUAUAAUAAAUUUGAUAAUAAUUGCCUCAGGGAUGCGCUUUUUACAAGUGCAGUUAAUUGUUUAACCAGUUUCAUGGCGGGUUUCGUUAUCUUCUCGGUUCUUGGUUACAUGGCCAAUGUAAUGAAUAAGGAUGUUAGUAAUGUGGUUGCUCAUGGUCCUGGUUUAGUUUUCAUUGUUUAUCCUGAGGCAAUAGCAACUAUGCAAUACUCACCCUUUUGGGCGGUACUUUUUUUCAUUAUGCUGAUAACUUUAGGUUUAGAUAGUACGUUUGGUGGAUUAGAAGCCUUGAUUACUGGUAUUUGUGAUGAAUAUCCUCAAACAAUACGAAAAAAUCGUGAAAUAUUUGUGGUCAUAUUGAUAACCUUCAUUUUUUUAAUUGCACUGCCAACAACCACUUAUGGUGGUAAUUAUGUUGUUCAACUAUUAGACACUUAUGGAGCAACUUUCCCAUUGUUAUUUAUUGUUUUCAUUGAGUCAGUUGCAAUUUGCUGGUUUUAUGGGGCCAAUAGAUUUUCACUCCAAAUUAAAGAGAUGCUUGGAUAUAUGCCUGGAAUUUUUUGGAGAACCUGUUGGACCUACAUUAGUCCAAUAUUUCUUGCCGUAACUUUAUCCUUUGCAAUUAUUGGUUAUAAAGACUUGGAGUGGGGUAAUUAUAAAUAUCCAGCUUGGUCAAUUAGACUUGGUUGGUUAAUUACUGGAUCAUCAGUUUCCUGUGUUCCAAUCUAUGGUAUUUAUCAUCUAUAUAAACUUGAAGGAACCUUAAUGCAGCGGUUAACUAAAUCCAUUAAACCAGAGACGACUUGUAACCAAUCAGUUGGAACCACCAAGUCCACCAAGGGUCCUGAGGUGUGAACAUAUAAAAGGAUCCAACAAUUUCAUGAAAAAAAUACCAAAACCAUCAUCAUCA